UAAUGCCUGUGUUCUUGCUAACAGAAUCCCAUAUUGGAGCCCCGUGGGAUCCCGCGCCCCACAGCCAGCGCCAGCAUGCAGAACAGUCACAGCGGAGUGAAUCAGCUCGGUGGUGUCUUUGUCAACGGGCGGCCACUGCCAGACUCCACCCGGCAGAAGAUCGUAGAGCUAGCGCACAGCGGGGCCCGGCCGUGCGACAUUUCCCGAAUUCUGCAGACCCAUGCAGAUGCAAAAGUCCAAGUGCUGGACAAUCAAAACGUGUCCAACGGAUGUGUGAGUAAAAUUCUGGGCAGGUAUUACGAGACUGGCUCCAUCAGACCCAGGGCAAUCGGUGGUAGUAAACCAAGAGUAGCGACUCCAGAAGUUGUAAGCAAAAUAGCCCAGUAUAAGCGGGAGUGUCCGUCCAUCUUUGCUUGGGAAAUCCGAGACAGAUUACUGUCGGAGGGGGUCUGUACCAACGAUAAUAUACCAAGUGUGUCAUCAAUAAACAGAGUUCUUCGCAACCUGGCUAGCGAAAAGCAACAGAUGGGCGCAGACGGCAUGUAUGAUAAACUAAGGAUGUUGAAUGGGCAGACCGGAAGCUGGGGCACCCGCCCCGGUUGGUAUCCAGGGACUUCAGUGCCAGGGCAACCUACCCAAGAUGGCUGCCAGCAACAGGAAGGAGGGGGAGAGAAUACCAACUCCAUCAGUUCCAAUGGAGAAGAUUCAGAUGAAGCCCAAAUGCGACUUCAGCUGAAGCGGAAGCUACAAAGAAAUAGAACAUCCUUUACCCAAGAGCAAAUUGAGGCCCUGGAGAAAGAGUUUGAGAGGACCCAUUAUCCAGAUGUGUUUGCCAGAGAAAGACUAGCAGCCAAAAUAGAUCUACCUGAAGCAAGAAUACAGGUAUGGUUUUCUAAUCGAAGGGCCAAAUGGAGAAGAGAAGAAAAACUGAGGAAUCAGAGAAGACAGGCCAGCAACACACCUAGUCAUAUUCCUAUCAGCAGUAGUUUCAGCACCAGUGUCUACCAACCAAUCCCACAACCCACCACGCCUGUUUCCUCCUUCACAUCGGGCUCCAUGUUGGGCCGAACAGACACAGCCCUCACCAAUACGUAUAGCGCUCUGCCACCCAUGCCCAGCUUCACCAUGGCCAAUAACCUGCCUAUGCAACCCCCAGUCCCCAGCCAGACGUCCUCGUACUCCUGCAUGCUGCCUACCAGCCCUUCGGUGAAUGGGCGGAGUUAUGAUACCUAUACCCCCCCACAUAUGCAGACACACAUGAACAGUCAGCCAAUGGGCACCUCGGGCACCACUUCCACAGGACUCAUUUCCCCUGGUGUGUCAGUUCCAGUUCAAGUUCCGGGAAGUGAACCUGAUAUGUCUCAAUAUUGGCCAAGAUUACAGUAAAAAAAAAAAAGAGAAAGAAAAAAUAUAUUGUGUUCAGUCAGUGACUAUGUGGACACCGCAGUUGGGCGUUCAGGAAAGAAAGGAAAAUGGCUGAUAGUAGCACUUCGGUUCUGCGAUUAUGUCCCGUAUGGUACCACUGGAGGACGGACUUGGAACAAGGACCUUUGUAUACAGAAGGCACGAGAUCAGUUGGAACAAAUCUUCAUUUUGGUAUCCAAACUUUUAUUCAUUUUGGUGUAUUAUUUGUAAAUGGGCAUUUGUAAUAAUGAAAAAAAGAACAACGUAGACUGGAUGGACAUUUGAUCUGUGCUGGUCAUGAAGUUGUUUUUUUUUUUUUUUUUAAAAAAGAAACCAUGAUCAACAAGCUUUGCCAUGAAUUUAAGAAUUUUACCAAGAUAUAUUGACUACUUCUACCCAUCUGUUCAUAGUUUAUGGACUGAGGUUCCAAGUUUGAAUCAUUCCUUUGCAUAUAAUUAAACCUGGAACAAUAUGCACUCGAUUUAUGUAAGAAAUAUCUGUUGGUUUUCCAAAGGUUGUUAACAGAUGAAGUUUAUGUGCAAAAAAGGGUAAGAUAUAAAUUCAAGGAAGAAAAAAGUUGAUAGCUAAAAGGUAGAGUGUGUCUUCGAUAUAAUCCAAUUUGUUUUAUGUCAAAAUGUAAGUAUUUGUCUUCCCUAGAAAUCCUCAGAAUGAUUUCUAUAAUAAAGUUAAUUUCAUUUAUAUUUGACAAGAAUACUCUAUAGAUGUUUUAUACACAUUUUCAUGCAAUCACGCGUUUCUUUUUUGGCCAGCAAAAGUUUAUUGUUCUUAGAUAUAGUUGUAUUACUGUUCACAGUCCAAUCAUUUUGUGCAUCUAGAAUUCAUUCCUAAUCAAUUAAAAGUGCUUGCAAGAGUUUUAAACUUAAGUGUUUUGAAGUUGUUCACAACUACAUAUCAAAAUUAACCAUUGUUGAUUGUAAAAACCAUGCCAAAGCCUUUGUAUUUCCUUUAUUAUACUAUUUUCUUUUUAACCUUA